AAUUCUCUACAGGUCAUAACGUAACAAUACUCCCUGAACCAGUCAAAAAAGUUGUUACUUCAUGAGUGCUAAUUCAUCCUAAACAAAAACGGUAGUACUCUAAUUACCAUCGGUGGUAAAUAGGAAAUGUCGUCGUCAGAUCCGUAUGAGUGUCUAGCAAAUGAGAGUAAAAUUAUCGAAAAACACACUGAACAAAGGCUGCAAAAUGAUCACCGAAUGGAUAAUCUUAUUCUUUUAGUAUAUGUAGUGCUUCUAACUCUUUCUGUCAUAACAAUCUGGGCUUUUAAACAUAGACGCUUUCGAUAUAUCCACGAAACUGGCCUUUCAGUGGUAUAUGGACUGGCCGUUGGUCUUAUACUUAGAUAUGCUAUAAAAUCUUCAAAUUAUACCAUGGAGAUGCAUGUGUUUUCACGUAAAAAUGAUGAAGCGUGCGGUGGUCGUUUGCCUCCAGAGAGACUGAUUAUUGAGUUUCCUGUCCGUGACCAGUACGGAAAGUUCAAUUUAAGCAUGUCGUUCCGGUACAAAUUUGAGCAGCAAUCGGAUUUCAACUCUUUAAUCAACAACAAGGCUACGUUCGACCCGGAAUUCUUCUUUAAUGUUUUACUUCCUCCUAUAAUUUUCUCAGCAGGUUAUAGUAUGAAACGCGGCUACUUUUUCAAAAAUAUUGGAGCUGUUCUUACUUAUGCAUUUGGUGGUACUUUGUUGUCCGCUCUAGUUGUUGGAACCAUUUGCUAUGGCUUCACCCGUGGAAUUACUUCAUUGUCUCAAACUUUGCGUCUCUCAGACUGCCUUUUGUUUGGAGCUAUUAUAUCUGCUACUGAUCCUGUAACUGUUUUGGCCAUCUUUAGUGACUUGAAAGUUGAUGUCAACUUGUAUGCACUCGUAUUUGGUGAGAGUGUUCUUAACGAUGCUUUAGCAAUUGCCUUAGCCCAGUCGAUCGAGAAAUAUGGAUCCAUUUCUGCUGGUAAUUUCGAUGGCCACGCUUUCCUGUCUUCUGUGUUAAACUUUUUUAUAAUGUUUGGAGGUUCAUUCGUCACUGGCGUUUCUAUUGGCUGUGUAACGUCUCUUCUUACAAAAUUUACACACAUCAAGGAGCAUCCUCUACUGGAAACAGCUUUGUUCGUUCUAAUGUCUUAUAGCACAUUUCUUUUUGCUGAAACUGUUGGGUUUACGGGUAUUGUUUCCGUGUUGUUCUGUGGUGUGACUCAAGCACACUACACUUAUAACAACCUAUCCCAGGAAUCUAAAGUAUGGACAAAAUCUUUUUUUGAACUACUUAACUUCUUGUCGGAAAACUUUGUUUUCGCAUAUAUCGGUGUUUCAACGUUUACUUUCCCUCAUCAUUAUUGGAAUGCUCGAUUUGUAUUUAUUGCAUUGUUCUCAUGUGUAAUUGCUCGGGCAGUCAGCGUAUAUCCACUUACAGCCCUCAUAAACUUUUGUCGAACUUAUCAGUGUUCCUGUUCUACAAAAUGUUUGAAGCGAAAGUUUGAUUCCAAUUCUCAACUAUCUUACUCUAGUGAUAAAAAUAUUGUGCCUGGAUCAUCAUUUUUGUCGAAUUCAAUUGAUUCAAGUAGUGUCGCAGUUACUUCAGCUGAUAAUAACAGGAAGGAUAAAUCUAACAAAAUCACUUUAAAUUUUCAACAUAUGAUCUUUUUCUCAGGCCUUCGGGGUGCCAUGGCUUUUUCAUUAGCGAUUCGCAAUACAAGUUCUGAAAUACGUCGGAUGUUUUUUUCAACGAUUAUUGUAAUAGUUAUGACUACGGUGUUAUUGGGAGGUUGUUUUGCCAUAUCGUUACUUCACAGAUUGCAGAUACCUGUUGGUGUAGAUUGCAACAGUAAAAACCAACCGCAUACAGAUACGGAAGAAGAUUUGGUUGAUGAUCAUAGUUGCUGUAGUUCUCAUUGGAUGAGUUUCGAUAAAUUCUAUUUGAAACCAUUACUUACACACAGCACUCCACCACUGACCGAAUCAUUACCAUCAUGUUGUUAUAAAUUUGCCAAAUUACUUACAACAUUUGAACAAAAAAGUGGGACAUUUGUCAAUAACGAUAGAAAUAAUAGUUACCCUGACAAUUUUAAACGUGACAGUACUACUGUAUUUUAUUCCAAUGAGAAGGCAUCAAUCAGUUCUACACUUAGUAUGAAUACUGUUAAAGUGCAACCUGUGGAAUGUGCACAACUUAUUCAACUAGACAGUGAUAAUGAUGACACUAAUAUUAGUAAUGAUAGUAACAAUAAGUUUAAGAUAUUAGACUAAUCUUGAUAGUAUCUCUUUGAGAGAUGGUAAUAACUUCAAUUCGAGCAUAUGAUCGUGUAAGUGAUCACUGAGUUAUCCCUCUUUAGGAUGAACACUCAUUACCUGUACAUAACAUCAUACUUUUUUAUUCGGUGUAGUUGUAAAAUGUGAAUAUUAUUACACCACAUUUCCUUCGUUGUAUAGGUAUUUAUGUCUUUAUAAAGGUGUACAUAACUAACACCACCAAAAUCAUCCACCUGAGCUACAAAUCUUCUCCACCAUCUCAAUGUACAUAACUAUAUUUCUUUACCUAUUGCGUUCAUUUAUUUAACAAAUUUAAGUUAUAUCCUAAUAGGUUUUCUACAAAUUUGAUUGUGCUAUAUGGUAUUGUAUGAUAUGAUGCUCUGUAACGAUAUUCUGUGUAUGUUAAUUUUUCAGCGAUUUAUUAUCAUAAUUAUGUAAUUCCUUGUUUUUAUAAAAAUGUGUAUGUAUCAAGGGUGUGUUCGCUUGUAAUUUGGUCUGUAAGCGAACCUCUUUAGUUAAUCAUACACAACGAUUUAUUCUUUUUUCAGCUUGGUGAUGGAAAGAAUUUUCAUGAUCCACUCUAUUUCAAUGAAGUUAUGUGAAUAAAUAUACGGCGAAUUAUGGAAAACAAAAAAAGAAACACUGGUAAUUAGCAUCAUCAUCAUCAUCUCUGAAAAGAGAGCACUUGUCAUUAAUGCAUUUUCCUUCCUUCGUCGUUGGUAUUUUUCUCGCGCUCUCUCUCUCCCUCUCUCCCUCCCUCAUAAUCUAUUAGAUUUGACUGUCCAUGACUGAAAAUUCCAUUUAUAUGUUUCUAUUUACCUUUUAUAUAAAUAUGCGCAGACAUAUUAUAAUAAAGAGCACUGAUACACAUUUGAUGAAGAAAAAUACACUGAACAGUAGAUGGGGAUUAUUCAUAAAUGAAUAACCGUUUAGUUUGGUUUGUUUGCAUGUGUGUGUUAAUUUCAAGCUAUCUUAUCACUUUUUUUCCUGUUUCUACCUUCCUUGUAUACAUUCUUCUAUUAUGCACUAUUGUCCCAUAUGCAUCCGUUGGUAGAGAGAUAUUUAUUUUCUUUAAAAAAAACAGUUAACAUCUUUACGUCCAAUUAUUCUGUGAUUUAUUGAUUUCAUUCCGUAGAUUAAAAAUAAUUUAAUAGUUAAAAAGCGUCAUGUGUUACUUUCAUUUCAUUUUGUUUCCUGUUAUACUUGUAAAUACUGUUAUUUGUGUUGUUGCUAAAUCUCAUUUACUAAUAAUUAAUUACACAUUGUAAUAUUCUUUUGAAAUAUUAUUUUUGUAUAUUUUGCCAGUCUGUUUAUAUUUGUUUGUUCACUUGAUCAAGUGCAUUGAAUCAUUACUAUUGGAAAUUUUAUUUUAUUUAAGUGUUUUCAUGAGCUUUGACAAAAAAGAUUCUAUUUUACUUUUUAACUGAAUGUUCACAUAUACAUGCAUGUAUCAUAUAUAUGUGUAUCAUAUACUAAAACUCCACUUGAAAUUUUGUUUAUUUACUUCAAUUACGUCUAAAAGUAGAGUACAGAAAUGUCCAUCACUCAUUUAACGAGUUAUGUAUAAAUUCUUGAUAACCAACAGAAAUUGAACUUUUAUUUAUACAAUGUGAAUUAGUUGUUUGAACACGAAGAAAACAGUGUGAUGAUAUUCUUUUCGAUUAUCUCUUUAAGUAUGGUUCAAUAUUCACCUGAAUCGUGUCAUUUAUUUAGGUGAGAUUUUUUUAUGAUUGAAGGAUUGGGAUUUCAGCUAUUGAAAAACAGCUUGGACUUCUUUUUCGCUGCGAUCCUGACAAUCAGAUAGUAUUUUUAGCGUUCAUAUGAAAAAUGAGAAGCCCUAGGUUUACUUAAUAAGUGACUUCAUCAGUCGAUUAGAUGAAAAUCAGUUUUGUUGUUGAAGCUUAUAUAAUAAUAUUGGUAUUUCCUUUCCGAAAUAUAUAUUUCUAAUGUUCG